CCACGUCACUCAUAGUUGUUGUUGUUUGUAAAUGACACGUUAUCUCAGAAAACAGAAUAUUCCACCAUCCUGCUUAAGUUUGUGUUUCUGUGACAGUUUUAUCAGGGUAGUAUUUCUGUUGAAGUGUGUUGCAGAUAUAACUGUGUAUUUCGUUUUGUAUCGCAAAAAUUUUCCAUAACCAUAAAUUUUCACAUUCAUACCGAAUUACAAAUAUGCUUAUGAAUCUGUACUAAACAUUUUUAUCCUUGUCGCUAAUUUUUAAAGCGUAGAAUUGUUAAUCAAAACAAAACAAACUGUACGGAUGUUCGAUUUGAGUCGCCUCACCUUAUUAUUUGUGAACAAGUUGUCGACCUUAGGUUUUAAACACUAAUGCAGCCCAUAAAAGUAGAAGACCUUGAUCGUCAAAAGUGGCAGAAUGUGAAGCGUAUCCAGUUAUUUCCGUCAUUGUCUUGGAUCGAACUUUUGUUUUAUUUUACUUCCUUUUGGGGCGGAACAGCUUACAGUUUAUAUAGAUUUUAUCGCACCUCCCAACGAUGGGGCCAGUAUUUAGAUCUCACUACUCAUGAUAGCAGCUGGUUUGGAAAACGUCAAGAUAUGACUGACACUGAGUGGUAUGUCUGGCCACCCAUAUUGCUCAGGUGUGGCCCAUGGGCCUUGCUCCAUGUUGUCUUAGCUCAGUUCAUCAGAAAAUAUUACCCACAGCAUUUGUGCAGUUUCUACAUUGUCUUCAGUGUGGGCGUAGCAUAUCCAUUAAUCGGUUUUGUGGGGACCUUGCUCUGCUUCAUUGUCCCUUCAAUCAUGUUCAUCGUAUUAUUGACGAGACUAAAACUAAUAAUAUGGUUGACGUGGUGUCUCAUACUUGUACUUUUUAACACACAAUUCUUCAUAGCUUAUUUGGAAACUUGGGUGGAGGGCAUACCUGAUGGAGAUUAUAUGGUGUCCGUAGUUGUUGCUUGGAUCAUCUUGAGAAGUUUAAGUUUUAGUCUUGAAGUGUGUGAUACAGACCCUGAUGGCCAGCUUAGUGCAUUACCCUUGCUUGCUACUCUGCUUGGGUACUGUCUCUAUUUACCAUGUCUCUUGACAGGACCUUACAUGCCGUUCACGGAUUUUCAAGCCGGGCUUUUGGAGCCUUAUCGAGUUUGGACAAUCCGAAGGGUUUUCUCAGCAAUGCUGCAGAUUGCAAGAUUUUUAUUCUGGAUGAAUUUUACACAUUUCAUCUUAUACUAUUUUUAUGCUCAUUCUCUGCACUCCACCCCAGAACUUGUUAAAAAGAUGAAUUCAUGGUCCAUGGCAGGGUUUGUGUACUUUUUAGCAGCAUUCCUGCAACUCAAGUAUGUAGUUUUAUAUGGAUUGCCAUCUGUAGUAGCAAGGGUUGAAGGAUAUGACCCGCCAAGACAUCCCAGAUGUACUCUCAUGACCUACAGGUUCUCAGAUAUUUGGCGAUAUUUUGAUCAUGGCCUUUAUCGCUUCAUGCUAAAGCAUAUUUACAUUCCAUGGGUUGGAUCAGAUAAAAGUAUAGUAAAGCAGUUGCAAGGAACUGCUUUAGUUUUCACUUUUGUCUACAUAUGGCAUGGUGUUUCAACUCCUGUGUUUUGGUGGGCAACCUUGAAUUUUUUUGGCAUUGCAGUGGAAAAGUUAGGUGAUCAUAUUUCACAGCUUGAAACCUUCGAGAGAUUGGGGAAGCGUUGGUUACCUGGUGCUUGGCUACGUAGAUUUUAUGGUUUACUUGCUGUCUUCUUAUAUGUCCCAUCUCUCAUGGCUCUAACUAUUUUCCUUUCCGGUCUUGACAAUGCACUAGUUAUAAGUGAAAGAAUAUUUAUAACAGGUUUUCCAGACUGCACCUUAUCCACAUUUUUCUUCAUGUUCUGUCUCGGGCAGUGUAGCAUGGAAUUACAAAACUGGAGAAUAAGACAAAAAUUAAAAUCUAAGGAAAGCUAACGUAAGUGAAUAAUGAACGAGUUUGUAGGCCAUAUUAAAAUCAUUUGUAUUAUAAUCAUACAAACUGAAUCAUAUAGCGUACCAAGGUUAUGACCUUUAAUGUAAGUUCCGGUAUAUUUUAGUUUUCAACCAUUUAUUUUUGUAUGAAAGUUUUUACCCAUCAUAAGUUUAGGUGCUUAAGUCUUUUGUAAAGAGAAUAUUGCAUGCAAGUUAUCGAGUAUAAAUUCAUGCAUGUAGUAGAUGAUAAAAUUUACAAAAGUUACUCUGUCUAGACUAGAAAUUGUAAGAAGGAAAUAAAGUGUUUAUGUGAAA